AUGAUCUCAAAGGUCCUUUGCCUUGUGGCUCUCGUGGUUGCUGUAACCGCCCAGCAUGGUCACAAUGAUCACCACGGACAUGGGCACGUCGCGUACUCCUCGCAGAGCAUCCACCGUCACGACGGACCCGCCCACGAGGUCGUCCACGAGGAACAUGACAAACAUGGACACGUACAUAAAGUCAUCGAUUAUUACGCAUACCCUAAGUAUGACUUCGAGUACAAAGUGGAAGACAAGCACACCGGCGACAUCAAGUCGCAGCACGAGACACGUGACGGCGACGUCGCCAAGGGCUACUACUCUCUGCAUGAGCCCCAUGGCUCCGUCAGGGAGGUGCACUACCACAGUGACAAGAAGACUGGGUAA